AUGACUGUUAUUGCUAUUGCUGGCGGACUGGGGGAUGUCGCCCCCCGGCCAGGAGCAACGGCGCGGGAGGUGCCCACUGGCCUUCCCCUGCCAGUUGAGAUCGACUACUCUGUAGUCUCAGCAGUAAGCGAGACACUCAAGCAACUACAGGCUGACACGGUUAUAUCUACCUUGAACCUGCAUUGGCCGGGUGCCUCGGAGUCACAAAUCAAUUUGAUCCGGGGCGCUGCAGCUUCCGGGGUGGUUUCCGGAUUCUUGCCUAGUGAGUUCAACAUUGACUACAACGCAUCCGAGGAGUACGGUAUUGUCCCUUCUCAGAGUGGCUCUCCCAUAACCAUUUGUAUGCCAACAGUGGAUAUGCCAUAUCCACCAAGAGGCGAAUUCUUGCGAGCUCGCGAGGAGUUGGACCGGCAUCCAAACCUCACUUACAGUCUCAUCCGCAAUGGUUAUUUUAUGGACUACCUCGGGAUGCCCUACGUCGAAUCUUACCUCCAUCCCUUAUACAACAUCUUGGACCUCGCAGCUUACAAAGCCGUAAUCCCUGGCGAUGGUGAUGUUCCUGUCGUAUGGACGCACACCAAGGAUGUCGCGAAGUUUGUGACAGCUCUGGUUGGCAUACCAGCAGACCAAUGGCACCAAAAAACCUUCGUAUGGUGCGGUCAUUGCCGUAAUUUUCCACAGUCCUUAGAUCAUCCGUGGAACACUUUUUGUUUGUUUGACGAAACAUAUCUUAGUCGACUUGGGUGUGGACUUGGGGCGAUAACCCAAAUAAUUCGGUGA